AUGACACAUUUAUCCUCAGGUCUUAAGAAGCAGUGCUUUGAAGAGUUGGGCUGUUUUUCCACCCAAUCGUUUGUGGAAGAAGUGAAAAAACUGUUAACUUCAGGCGAUGUGGUCUCUACAAUCAAGUCGGCCACCGCUCUCAAGCAAAUCCUAUCUAUAUGUCCCAUACAUCCCGAGGCAAUGAACGCCUCACUACUAUUAUUUACGCCAACAUCUAAUAAAACUCAAUGGUUUAACGCGUACAAGACAGACAUGGAUCAGUUUAAGGCCAGCGAUUACUCGCCGCAAAGACCCACCGCUUUCAUAGUACACGGAUAUACCGAUUACUACGAGGAAUGCGAUGGCCAGGGAAUGUGCGCCUGGAUGGCUAACAUCAAGAACUAUUUUCUAUCCCAAAAAUACAACGUGAUAGCCGUGGACUGGAAAUCUCCGGCCUCUUCUAUCAAUUACUUCAAUUCGGCGUUCAAUACACAGAUUCCCGUGGCUAGGGAUACUAUAUGUAGACCACCCAGUGUCAGACCCGCGUUUGGACACAUCACUGGCUUAGAUCCGGCCGGACCUGGAUUUACGGGCAAAAGACUGGACCCGGAAGACGCCAAUCUGGUCACUGUUAUUCACACGAGCGCUGGUGUCACCAAGAACACUAAUCCGUUUUCGGGCGAAAACCCUCUGGAAUCGGUUCAGUUGUUUGGUUUCCUCGGCUGUAGUGAUUAUUUGGCUCACUUUGACUUCUGGCCAAACGGGGGCAGUGGUCAGCGCGGCUGCGAAAAGAUAUCGGCCGAGUUUCUUAACGAGAUCGCGACCUCAGGAUUCAAUGCGUUGGCCCAAAAGGCCAAAUGUGAUCACUCGAGAGCCACAGAAUUGCCAACAUAUGAAUUAGAAGAGCGACAACCGGACAGUUGCCAAAUGAUUGGCUACCAGUGCGAGAGUUACGGCGAUUUUAGCGCCGGGAAGUGCGCCGAUUGUGGCCCCGAUAGUGAACUGUGCCGUCCGAUGGAGUUUUGGCCAGAAUAUUGGCCCAAACGUAUCAAUACGCCCACAAAGUUAUCACUAAACCAGUUAUAUCUGUUGACUGCCUCAAAGGAUCCCUAUUGUCUUUUUCACUAUCAGAUUGUGAUACUGAUGGAGGAAACAUCAGUGGCCGGCACUUUCACCCUUAACCUCAAAACUGUUAAACCAACUGUUGCUGAGAUUGAGAGCGAUUUGUUUGGCUUUAAGUCGGGCCAGAAUUAUACCUAUUUAUACACAGAUAGUCAACAUUUGGGACAAAUAGCCGAAGUAAUGGUCAGUUUUGAAGAGAAUAUCGCCGGACAAUUCCAUAAACAUCCCGAGCAUGCGAUUAGCACAGGAAAAAAUAUGAUAUUUGACAUCAAAAUCAUCACAUUCUUCGCGAUCGCCAUUAAGGGAAUCGCUGGCGUAUACGAAACUGAAGAAUGUAAGAGUGACCACUGUUUUGAAGACGUCGGCUGUUUUAAUAGCCGGCAAUUUUUGGACGAAAUCGACAAAUACGCGCAUUUCAUACGAAAAGCGGCAAAUCUGGUUCACUCGGACGCCUUCUCAAAGCUAAACAACGACUUCAUGAUAUGUCCGGCCGACCCGACCCACGCCGACGUCCACUUUCGACUCUAUACACCCAACUCAACACAGAAUGUGAUCCUUACGUACAAAGCGGACACUAAUGUACUCGAGAACUCGGGCUUUGAUCCCGAACUGAAGACACUGUUUGUAGUGCACGGAUAUGUAGACAAGUAUAGGGGUUGCGAUGACUACCAGGAAUGUCAUUGGAUGGAAAGAAUCAAGAAUUACUUCAUUUCACACGAUUAUAACGUGGUGGCAGUGGACUGGAGCAAAGUGGGCAGUUCACCCAACUACUUUAACUCGGCGUUUAAUACGCGAGUGAUUGGCGCUAUGAUCGCCACAUUCAUCCGACGUCUGGUCGAUGUGUUUCACUAUAAGCCGAAACAAGUGGAACUGAUGGGACACAGUCUGGGCGGCCAAUUGGUCGGCUUUGUGGGCAAACAUUUCAACGAAACGGGCCAUAAGAUAGGCAUGAUUUCGGGUCUGGAUCCGGCCGGACCCGGCUUUGACACACAACAUCUCGAGCCAACUGACGCUGAAUUAGUGAUCGCUGUCCACACGAGUGCCGGCAUUUUAAAAUCACGUAACGGACAGCCCGGUUGCGAAGAGAGUCUAGAUGCUUUUAAGGCUAUAACCGGGGGUUUACUCGCAUUUGGCAAUCGUAUGGCGUGUUCACACAUGAGGGCCACUGAAUUGCCGAUCGCUGAACGCUUAUUAAGAGACAAUACAAACCACACGCCAGAGCAGGAAGAGUGCCAAUGGGUUGGCUAUCAAUGCAAGAGUUAUAUAAACUUUCAGGAGGGCUUGUGCUCGGAUUGCGGCGAUGAUGGUAAAAAGUGCAAACUUAUUGAGUAUUUGCCCGAGUUUUGGCUUAAACCCGAUAAUUUGGUUGACGUACAGGAAAAUUACCCCCAAAAUUUAUAUAUGCUAACCUCUGGCACACCUCCCUAUUGUGUGUUUCACUAUAUGAUCGAGUUGAAAAUGGACGACACCGUCAAAUAUGAGGGUAAAAUUGAGUUCAAACUGAAUGGCACACAAAUGGUGACAUUUAAGAGAAAAUUUUACGCCUAUCCCAACACAACCACAUAUAACUUCUUGUACACCAGUCAACAACAUUUGGGACAAAUCACUGAAAUUGAUAUCCAAUACGAAACAACACUUAUCGGUGAUUUAGUUAAGGCUUCGCAGAUAUUAAAUCCGUUUACAUUUCUCAAUGAGAUUAAGAAAGAAGACAUCAAUAUCUCAAACAUUUCUGUCAUUUUUAUGAGUAAUAUCGAUAAAAGCGUUCGAGACGGCUAUUCAUCACAUCUGGUGCCAAACCCAAGCAAAAAGUCUGAAGGAGGGUAUCAUUUCAUUGUGGAUAAUAGUAGUAAAAGUGGUAAAAGUGGAAAAAGUCUGAAGAGGCACUGUUACAAAGACGUGGGCUGUUUCCAGAGCGGGGCAUUCAUACGAGAUAUGGGCAAAUACGUGCCACACGCGCGGCCCAUCAUCAACGCCAUGAAGGACAACAAAUUCCGUGUCGUGAACAACGAGUUCAUGAUAUGCCCCGUGAAUCCGGAACACGCGGACGUCGAGUUUAUCAUGUUCACACCCGAAGCGGUCAACAAUAGUAUUAAGUUCACAUACAAUCCCAGCAAUCAGUCGCUGUUGGGCUCAUCAUUUUCGCCCGACAGGAAGACACUAUUCCUCGUCCACGGCUUUAUCGACGGGUAUAAGGGUUGCGACGAUUACGGCAGUUGUCACUGGAUGUCUAGAAUAAAAGACUACUUUGUGCGAUACAACUACAACGUGGUGGCCAUCGACUGGCAUAAAGUGGGCGUUUCGGUCAACUAUAUGUACUCGGCGUACAACGUGCGAGUCGUGGGCGCAAUGGUCGCCAACUUUAUCCGCCGAAUCUCAGCCGUCUAUAAUUACCCGCUCAGCAAAGUUGAAGUGAUGGGUCACAGUCUGGGCGGACAAAUGGUCGGCUUUGUGGGCAAACAAUUCCCGGGGCCCGAGAAGAUCGGCCUAAUCAUGUCGCUGGAUCCGGCCGGACCCGGCUAUGACAAAGUCAGCAUCGAACCGACCGAUGCCGACUUUGUAGUCGCCGUACACACCAGUACCGGCUUUUUGAAAUCAGUCAACGUUAACAGUCUAUUCGAAGUGAACCCAUUAGAGUCGGUCCAGUUUUCCGGUGUGACGGGCACUGAGAGGAGUGUCGGACACUUAGAUUUCUGGGUAAACGGAGGUAAUGGACAGCCGGGCUGUGAGAAGACCACUGCCAGCUUUUUCCACGAUAUGUUGUUUACCGGAUUAAUGGGUGCGGGUAACCGUGCUGCAUGUUCCCACAUGAGGGCCACUGAGUUGCCCAGCGCUGAGGGCAUAGCCAAAGCUGAACACACGCGGUGCCAAUCGGUGGGCUACGAGUGCAACAGUUACCUAGACUUUCAAAUGGGCAAAUGCGGCGACUGUGGCGUUGACGGCGGACGGUGUAAACUACUUGAAUAUAUGCCCAGCGAGUGGUUGCUCAAUGAUAACAGGGCCAAAACGAUGGACAAAUACCCGACCAACUUAUACUUCCUGACCGACGCCACCGCUCCCUACUGUGUAUUUCACUACCAGAUUGUGUUGGACAUGGCUAAACUGAAAUACGACGGCACACUGUCGGUGACACUGCGGGGCCGUAAGACAAUACAUUUCACAAUCAAUAAGCCGUUGGCAUUCCAGGGUAGGGACCGAUUCACGUAUCUGUACACAGAUGUGAAUCACCUUGGUCGCAUCACGUCGGCCACCAUCAACUUCCGGAAGACAGCGCUCGGCACUUUCAUCAAGGGCACAGUUGUGCUCAAUCCGUUCACAUCGGUGUUGGGUAUAAUGAAACCCGACAUCGAUAUCAAAGCAGUGAACGUCAAUUUUAUGAGUAAUAUAGACCCGGAGUAUGUAUUCCACUAA